CUGGUACUUUCUCGAUAUUGCGAAUCAAGCAAAUACUCAGUCAAGAUGUUCCCGUCGCUAAUUCCCACGCCAACAAGCAUUUUCAAAAAUCUUAUCUGGUUCUACAUUUCGACUAUUUUGAACAUAAUCCUGCGUCCGAUUCGCAGACUCCUGGGCCUCAAGGAACCCGAAGGAUUCGUGGAGGGCCAAAUCAACAAAACCGCCCGGAUUUGCAAAGCAGCUACUGAAAAUGUAACCAACAUCGCAAACGAAGCCGUUGACAUGGUGGGCCAAGGUUUGAAAGACACCCAAGAAUGCAUAGGUGAAAGCAUCGCAAGUGUGGGCAACUUGGUGGAAGACACAGUCAAAGCCGCCGAUGUUUUCCACAUCACUGACAGCCUCCCCAACUUACCCUUCGGAGGUUCCCAGAACCACGUCAAACCCCCAGAACUGCUCCCACACAAGAAGGACGACGGAGGUCUUUUACCGUCAUUUGGUUUGUUUGGUGGCAGCAAAGACGACGCUGACGAUGAAAAAGAAGAGGAAAAGGAACCAGAAAGCAUUUUGCCUUCGUUUGGUCUGUUCGGUAAUGCGAAGGAGAAGGUGGUGAAGGAAACUAAGAAACUCGUCGAGCCCGAGAAGACCCAGUAUUUGCCGUCGUUCGGAAAUCUCUUUGGAGCCGCGAUGGAGAAAGACGAAACUGAAAAGAAAGCCGAAAAAAUUAAAGUCGUGGAGCCGGAGAAGAGCUCGUUUUUGCCUUCGCUGGGAGGUAUGUUUGGUAAUGUCGUGGAAAAGGUGGAAGAGAAGGUGGACGAAGUGGAGGAUACUCCAGUUGAGAAAAGCAGUGCUGCGGUUGGAGGUUUUCUUCGGAGGAGGUUUUUUUAAGUCAAAAUUAGUGGGUAUUCCACUAUGUUAAUUAGGUCUGUAUAUAUUUAAAUAAGGAAAGUAAGUUGUAAGUGGGUGGGUUAUUUAGAAAAAAGUUUCUAGGAAUCGUUCGUUUUUUUAUAUUGUUAAUUUAAUUGGAGUGAUUGAAUUAUGAGAAUAUUAAAUAAAGCUUUGUUGUUGUCGGUGUAAUU